AUGGCUGAGGCUCAAUUGAACGAUUUCCCUUCCCUCUUCUCCCUCAAGGGCAAGGUUGCUGUUGUCACCGGUGGCUCUCGCGGUCUGGGUCUUCACGCAGCUUCAGCAUUCCUACAAGCAGGCGCAUCAAAAGUUUUCAUCUCAUCCCGCAAGGCCUCCGCCUGUGAGGAGGCUUGCAAGGCCCUCAAUGCGCUCCCCAACCUUCAACCCGGCGCUGUCGCCAUCUCAGUCCCUGCCGACUCUGCCAAGUUCGAGGGUGUAGAGAGUCUGCUCGCGCAGGUCAAGAAGCACACUGAUCGCGUGGAUAUCCUCUUUGCCAACGCUGGCGCGACAUGGGGCGAGUCUUUCGAUACGCACCCCGACUCUGCCUUUGCCAAGGUCAUGGAUCUCAACGUCAAGGCUGUGUUCAACACGAUCCGUCUCUUCACACCACUUCUCGAGAAGAGCGCUACGAUCCAGGAUCCUAGCCGCGUCCUCAUCACAGCUAGUGUUGCUGGUCUCGCUGUCGGCACCAUUGGGAAGCAGGGCACUUACGGUUACUCUGCCAGCAAGGCUGCUGUGCUGCAUCUUGGACGCAACCUGGCCAUGGAGUUGGGACCCCGACACAUCACCGUCAACUCUAUCUGCCCUGGUUUCUUCCCCAGCAAGAUGUCCAACGGACUUUUGGAGAUGUCGGGUGGUGCUGACCAGUUCGCUGCCGCCAACCCCAUGCGCAGACUUGGUCAGCCUGAGGACAUUGCUGGUGUCGUUGUUUAUCUGGCUAGUCGAGCUGGAUCUCACGUCAACGGUGAGACUGUUGCUAUUGAUGGUGGUGCCCUGUGGCAACGCGGGGAGCUCAUGAUUGCGGAGAAGGCCAAGCUAUAA